AUGAUCCGAUUGUGGGACUCAUCCAUUGAGACUCAUCCACCCUCAGUUCCUUACAACCAAUUCUUCGUCGACCACGGUUGGGAAGCUAUCGGUGAGCUUACAAAAAAGAUUCGUAUUCACGGCUUCUGCUUCGUAACAGAUGCACCAGUCUAUCCCGAGUCCACAGAAGAUCUCCUAAAGCGCCUGGGUCCGAUCAGAAAUACACAUUAUGGCGGCUUCUACGACUUUACGCCAGAUCUUGCUAUGGCUGAUACAGCGUACACGAACCUCGCUCUGCCAGCCCAUACAGACACUACAUAUUUUACCGAGCCUGCAGGCUUACAAGCAUUUCACUGUCUCUCACACGAGCCAGCUCCGGGUGAAGCGCUUGAGGAAGGGGAGUCUUUAGGCGGAGAGUCACUCCUUGUUGACGGCUUCAAAGCUGCUGUAACUCUAAGAAAGGAGAACCCUUGGGCUUUCAAAACUCUUGCCCAAGUCGAGCUGCCAUGGCAUGCAAGCGGUAACGUAGGAAUCUCUAUCUCUCCAGAUAAAGUGUAUCCUGUCAUUGAACAGGAGGGAGGUGGGCAUCUGAAGCGAAUUCGUUGGAAUAACGACGAUCGUGGUGCUGUGAAUCCCUACGACGCCAAGAACUGGUACGCCGCGGCUCGAGUGUGGAAUGAGAUAUUGCGCCGCAAAGAGAAUGAAUAUUGGUUCAAGUUAGAACCCGGAAAGAUCGUCAUCUUCAACAAUUGGCGAGUUUUGCACGGCCGAAGUGCGUUCAAGGGUAUUCGGCGAAUCUGCGGCGCCUACAUCCCUUAUGAUGACUUUGUGUCUUGCUACCGGGUGACAAACACCCCAGGAGGUCGGGUCGCUGGACGCAGCUACAACAACAGAACGAGGAUGGGUUUCGGUCGGGGCAAGAACUACAAAGAGAUUACUGAAGCUCCCAAACAAGAAGCGCCUGCCAUAGAGAAAAGUUGA